AUGGCAGAUUGGGACAAUCGCCUCCCACAUGAUACACCAAAAAGGAGCAAGGUCCAGGGUGCAGUUGAGUACUUAGAAGCCAAGGGGAUCCCACACUACAAGGAGGACAUUUUCCAACACUUUGAAGUCUCCCAUUGCCAGGGAUGGGCUAUGAUCAGUGAUGAUAGUUUACAAAAUAUUGAGAGGAUGAUUCAAGAUGAGGGUUUUGAGGUGCGUGCUUAUACUUGGGACACUCUUGCAUAUGAAGCAGGCCUCUCCUGCAGCGGCAGGACCUUGCAAAGAGCACUAGGAAGGAUGGACUAUCAUAAGUGUAUAGCUUGCCGCAAGGGAUGGUGUGGCAGAGACCUAAAAGAGACCCAGAAGGAGUAUGCAAAGAUGGCUAAAGCUAUGCGUCCAGAGCCAGAAGAUUGGGACAAUGUACGCUUCUCUGAUGAGGUUCACUUUGCCCUGGGGCCUCAAGGAAGGAUUUACAUUAUUAGGAAGCCUGGAGAGCAGUACUGUAGUAACUGCAUUCAACACCAGAACGAGCCAACCCCUAUGGAGAAGGAGAUGAACAAGAUCCAUGCAUGGGCAGCCAUUGGGUACAACUUUAAGUCUCCUCUCACCUUCUACAAUAUCUCUAGCAACAAGAACGGCAAGAUGACUCAAUGCGCAUACAUUGAUCAAGUCCUGAAGCCUCUGGUAAAGCCCUGGGUGGAUAGGGGUGACAGGUUCUGGCUUGAAGAAGAUAACAACUCUGGGCAUGGGCCAGGAAAGAGCAAUAUUGUCAGAACCUUUAAGAAAGACAACAGCAUUCAAAGCUUCUUCAAUGCUCCCUCAUCCCCAGACCUUGCUCUUAUUGAAAACUGCUGGCAACCUCCUAAACAAUACAUCAAAAAGUUUCCCCAUUGGGAUGAGGAUGAUACUUGGGAGCUGGCUCUUGAAGGGUGGGACAAAGUCACUCAAGAGCUUCAAGAUUGUAUAGAUGUAGGAGGAGAAAUGACAGGAUGGUAA